AUGGGUGAUGCAACAAUACCGAAUCUUCUAGUCGUCCUAGGUGCGACCGGCAACCAAGGCAGUGCCGUCCUCAAACACUUCGCCAAUACAUCUUCAACUCACAGCUACAAACUCCGCGGCAUCAGCAGGAACCCCAACUCAGAAGCCUCUCAAGAACUUGCUGGACUCGGAGUCGAGAUCGUCCAAGGCGAGCUCAACGACCUCUCCUCUCUGAAGAAAGCUUUCUCCGACGCGACCCACAUCUUCGCCAACACCGACUCCAACGCCCUCAUCUUCAACGCCAUUAGCCAACCAAAUCUCCUCUCUGAGGGACGAACGCCCCUCUCAUACGCUCACGACUUGGAGCUAGCCUACGGUAAGAACAUUGCCGACGCCGCGGCAUCUACGCCAACCCUGCAAAGGCUCGUAUGGAGCGGGAUUCCCAGCCCGAAGAAGUGCAGUGGAGGGAAGUAUACAAAAGCGUCGAUGUGGGAUGUCAAAGAGGAGAUCUCGGAAGUUCUCUAUGCGAAGCCGGAGUUGAAGGGGAAAGUCAGCACGAUUCUGGUGGGCAUCUAUGCGACUAUGCCGGUCAAGUUGCCCAUGUUGUAUGCGCCGCAGAAACAAAGCAAUGGAAGCUACGAGAUGGCCCUCCACAUGACCGGCGACAAGAAGAUCCCGCUCGCAGAUCUCGACACAGAUCUCGGUCCCUGGAUCUCUGCGCUGUUCGAGUCUCCACCAGGCACCACACUCGUCGGCGCAACCGAGAACCUCACCUGGAAAGAAUGGCUGGCGAAAUGGGCUACCCACAACAACGUACGGGCUUCAUUCCGUCGAUACUCGGACGAAGAGGUUCAGGCGAAGGUGCCGGGGCUGGGCGAUUCGUUGUUGGAGAUUGCGAGGUUUCUGGAGGAGUAUGACUGGACGGGGACGGAUCGUGGUACGGUUUAUCCGUGGGAUCUUCGCCGGAGGGGAGUGGAUGUUCCGGUUGGGAGUAUUGAUGAGCAGAUUGCUGGGAGUGAUUGGUCUAGUAUUCUUUAA